CCUUCAGCUUGUGUAGUUGCAGCCUGAUCAUUCAACCAGUCAACCAGAUAACCAGACAGCGCAUUGGUCAAAAUGUCUACGAGGAUCCUGUCCAUCACUCUCCUCCUGCUCUCAGUGUGUCUGUGCUUCCAGGCCUCUGCAGGCAACCGGCGCCAUGCUGGCAGACGUCCACCUCCUCCUCCAUGCUGUGUUAAGGUUUCCACUGAAAAUAUCACCAGUGCCGUGACUGGGAACACGUAUAGAAAGCAAUCUCCUGGCGGGCCCUGUGUGGAGGCUGUAAUUUUCAACACACGCAGAGGAGAGGCCUGUGCUGAUCCCAAUAGUAAAUGGGUGAAGACGCUCACCGCCAAUAUGACAAAGAAGUGAAGUAUCGCUUCCUCUCUAAGCAAAACAUUUUCCUGCUACUGUUUGAAAACCUGCAACGUGCACUCACAUAUCGUGCUGCAACAAUCCCCCUGAAUGUUCAAACCUCAAUGCUUGCAACUGAGAUCAAAUAUAUAUAUAUGCAGAAAGUGUAAUGUCAAGCAUUCAAUAUGUUUUCUAUCACAAACCAUAAAGUGUGUUCUUUUUGUUUUUUUAAUAAAUGUUUAAUUCAUAACAAGAUGAUUUUCUAAUCCUGGUCUUCUUAGAGGUCAUGUUGUUUCAUUUCUUACAAUAAACGUCAAACUUGAAA